ACCUAUUUGUAUAUUUAAAAUUGUAAAAUUCAGAAUUUUCAAUUUUAACGAUUGAUCAUUCUGAAAUUGAAGUAUUUGAUAAUGGUUUAAAUUAAAUUAUUUUUAUCUAUUAAUUAUUAAAUGUAAAAUUUGAAGCUUGAUCGUUUAAAUCGACUAAAUCAUCUUCAUGUGUACACAGAAAAUAAUAGUUUUUGAAGUUUUUUAAAAUAUAAUUACUAUAGAAAUCAUAUUAUUGUUUUUAAUUAUUAAAAAAGUGGUAUUUCUAACCAGAAUUGAAGAUGGUGCGGUAUAAGAACCGUUAUAUGGUCAUUCAAUUAAGAACUUUGGAAAAUGACAAUUUAGAUUUAAAAAUUUCUGUUAAAGAAUUACAAAUUUCAGUAUUAAAUAUGAUUAAAUCAUUACACGGAGAUUUUGGAGCUGGAGCUAUUAAAACAUGUUUUAAAGUUCGUUAUUGUAAUCCAACUACAAAAAUUAUCAUUUUUAAAACCAGACACGGUCCUCAUAAAUUUCUCUCUUCAGUUGUACCAUUUAUUAAUAAACUCCAAGAAAAACAAAUUCAAUUAUCAACAAUUUAUACUGGGGCAUCUAUGUUUCAAUGUUAUAAAUUUAUUCAGAAUUAUCAAAAAAAUCUUGUAAGAAAAAUGACUGAUACAAUAAGUGAGAAAACCAAAGAAAAAAUGUUAAAAAUCUCUAAUAUAGCAAAAUUCUAAUUUUUCAAAAGAUUGAUUGUUUAAAAUUUUAUUUAAAAACCCAUUAGUUAAUGUGCUAUUGGGAAGAAUAGUUGGAAAAUAAUAAAUAUUUACUUAUAUGUCCAUAAUACAUUUACAAAGUAUAAAAUAUAAAUUGUAUUUACAAAUGAUUAA